AACGUACACUCAUUUUUUACCGAGCUCCGCAAAAAAAUUCAGAAAGAUUGUGGAAAAACAAGUUUACAGUCAUCACUAUUACUGUUUUUAUUUGUUCAAGAUAUAAUUACUUUCCUGUGACUGGAAUAAGAAUUUGAUAAUUUAUUUCGGCAUGACCAUGCGAAAUCGUGACAAAUAGAAAGGAAGAAGCUAGCCGUUCUAUUGCUAAUCAACAAGAGAGAAACGUGCUUAUAGACAACUGCCAUAACUACGCUUGCCCUAUGGAUAAUAUCAUACUUUCGAAUGCUGUUGAAGAUGACGAAUUCCCCCCCUUUACCGGUUACUCCGUGCAAACGUCCACCCUCCAAAAACCCCAACAUGAACUCUGACAUCGUGGCUACCCUCUCCUUACUCAUCAACUCCAGGUCUGACGCCAUUGAGAAAAUGGUAGGCACGACCACCAUGGUUAUCGAAGGCUUGAAAAAGACUGGAGUUUGUAUGUGGUGAAAUAAAGGAUGUGGAAAAAAUAAUAACAAUGUCUACCAUAGACGUCUCACUGAUCUGGAACAAUACACAAGAAGAUGGAACAUGAGACUCCACGGAUUGCCAGAGGUGGAGAAUGAGGAUGUGCGAGGAGAGGCUAUCCGCAUCUGCCAAGAAGUUAUGCCUGCAGAGAAGAACAAAGUUGGUGGUACCAUGGACGUCGUGCAUCGCCUCGGCAAGAAGCAACAGCAAAACAAUUCAAGACCAAGGGGUAUCAUCAUCCUCUUCAUUGCCAGAUUAUACAAGGAUGCUGUCUGGAAAGCUGUUAGGAAGAACGCCUUCCUUCAGAGCCAUGGUAUGCGUUUCGCCGAGCAUCUCAGCCCAGAGGACAUGGAAAGAAGGAACAAGUUGUGGCCAAAGAUCAAGAAAGUACGAAAUGAGGCUUACUUCGGAGGACGACGCUUCGUCAACGGUUCAGAAAUCCACAUUCCUCCCUAAAAUCUCACCAGAAGGAACAGAUUGAUGGUUUUGGCCAUGGUAUUCUCAUUUUCCCUUUAUUGUUUACUUUACCUAACAAGGUGACAAUUUUUCGGAAUACUGAGGUACUUCAAGUUAUUAGUUUGGUCUUGUAUGACGAAGGCCUAUUUUGUUUACAAACUUACGAAGAAGACUGAAAGUUAUAUUUAUUGUUUAUGUACACAGUAACUAAGAUACUGUUUUUAAAGAGCAAACAGGUCUACUCUGACUUUACACGGUUGUUCUAUUUAGUUAUUACUACUUAUUUCCAAGUGAAAAGGGUCUUAGAAACAUGUAUGUAAAACAUUUUCUAUUCCAUUUUUUCUGAUCAGUUUUCAUAUGCACUUAAAGUAUUAGGUACCCUUUUAAUUUAAAUUAUUAUUUUGUAUUUUCUCAGAAUAGUUCCUGAUUCCACUAAAGAGGGUUUUUAGUCUCUUACUUCAAAGAACCCUUGGUUUGGUCUUGAACACAAUUUUCAGUUGAGUUGAAUUUCAAAAGCUGGACAACAUCUAGCUCAGAGUUUAUGAAAUAAGCUAUUUUCACUUAGUUGACUUAAAUGGUGAAGAUCUCGGUUCCUUAUCGCUUACGUUCACUGCUCCUAUGUUUUUUGACGACUCCUACUACAGUUUAUACUUUAUAUAAUCUUUGUUUUGUCUUUGUCUAUAGUUUCUCUUAAUGCUAGGGUGUUACGAAACAAUGCACAAGGCCUUAUUUUUAUUUGCUCAACAAUUUCAAACAUAUUUUUGCUUUUUUCAAGAGUCUCACUCCAUUUUGGCUGGUGCCAACUUCUGGAGGUCACAGUGGGGCAACGAUAUUUGGCUUUCCCAUGGAUCUGAACGCACUGCUGGUGUCAUUACAAUGAAAAAUCCCUUUGAGAUGCAGUCGCAGGUAAAUCACAACUUCCACCCAGAGAGUGAGGUGAACAUCAACAAGCUGGUGAACAUCAAGCUGACUGCAUCCUACACCUACCUCUCCCUGGGGAUGUAUUUCGACAGGGACGAUGUGGCUUUGCGCAGCUUCUCUAGUUUUUUCCUGGAGCGCUCUGUGAAGGAGAGAGAGCAGGCAGAAAAAUUGCUGGAAUACCAGAAUAUGAGAGGCGGUCGCGUUCUCCUUCAGCCCAUCGCUAAACCCAGCAGGGAGGACUGGCGAGGUGGCCUGGAUGCCAUCACCUUCUCCCUGGAGUUUCAGAAAACCCUCAACACGUCCCUCCUCGAAGUGCACCGUGGUGCCAACACUCACACUGACCCCCAUCUGUGUGACUUCCUAGAGCAGCACUUCCUGUCCGACAGCCAUGACACCAUUAAGAAGCUGGGUGACCAUCUGGGCAGCCUGACCCGCCUCACUUCCUCCGAGACCCAUGGCUCCAUGGGAGAAUACCUGUUUGACAAGCACACCCUGUAAGACUCACAGCAAGAAGAGAGCACAGCUUUCACACAGGGACUGGAGUCUGGAGAGUUGCAUUUUCAUUACAAGUAGCACUAAAGUGGGAUUUAGCAAUAGAACCACAUACCUCUUACAGUACGUACAGAAAACAAUACAAGACCAUGGAACAGUUAAAUACCUCAACACCCGUUUACCACUUCUGAUGUGAACAGUAGUUACCACUGACAAACAGAAAGGUGUAAUGGGUUCGCACUCAAAGAUAUGUCACAUAAAUCUUACUAUUCAAUUUUAUUGAAAUUAUUUUCACUGCAUCAGGGAUAGCAUACAAAGACAUUUCGGCUUUACAUCCUUCAGUGUGUAGGUACAAUUUUAUUUAAAUUCGAAACCGCAUUUUUAGAGAACAACCGAUGAGCAGCAGGUACUUCUGAUCAGGGUUGCCACUCAUCUGCCAAUCAGGUAUGUGUCUUUGCUGGCCAACCGGUAUACAUAUUAGUCACAGAGUAAUACAGAAUUAUAGGGUAUGGGAGUGGGCACGAAGGGCAACCGCCCCAGGUGUCCGUUCACCUAAACAACUCUGGUGCUAUAAGUCAACUUGGUUUCUGCCAUAGAGUUGAUCAAGCAUUCCAGCAGUAAAUAUGCUUCAUUGUGUUGUGCAUUCCUACAUACAGUGGGGCAAAAAAGUAUUUAGUCAGCCACCAAUUGUGCAAGUUCCCCCACUUAAAAAGAUGAGGCCUGUAAUUUUCAUCAUAGGUACAAUUCAACUAUGACAGACAAAAUGAGUAAAACAAAUCCAGAAAGUCACAGUGUAGGAUUUUUAAUGAAUUUAUUUGCAAAUUAUGGUGGAAAAUAAGUAUUUGGUCAAUAACAAAAGUUUAUCACAAUACAAUGUUAUAUACGCUUUGUUGGCAAUGUCAAACGUUUUCUGUAAGUCUUCACAAGGUUUUCACACACUGUUGCUGGUAUUUUGGCCCAUUCCUCCAUGCAGAUCUCCUCUAGAGCAGUGAUGUUUUGGGGCUGUUGCUGGGCAACACGGACUUUCAACUCCCUCCAAAGAUUUUCUAUGGGGUUGAGAUCUGGAGACUGGCUAGGCCACUCCAGGACCUUGAAAUGCUUUUUACGAAGCCACUCCUUCAUUGCCCGGGCGGUGUGUUUGGGAUCAUUGUCAUGCUGAAAGACCCAGCCACGUUUCAUCUUCAAUGCCCUUGCUGAUGGAAGGAGGUUUUCACUCAAAAUCUCACGAUACAUGGCCCCAUUCAUUCUUUCCUUUAUGCGGAUCAGUCGUCCUGGUCCCUUUGCAGAAAAACAGCCCCAAAGCAUGAUGUUUCCACCCCCAUGCUUCACAGUAGGUAUGGUGUUCUUUGGAUGCAACUCAGCAUUCUUUGUCCUCCAAACACGACGAGUUGAGUUUUUACAGGCCUCUCUCAUCUUUUUAAGUGGGAGAACUUGCACAAUUGGUGGCUGACUAAAUACUUUUUGCCCUACUGUAAUUCUUAAUCAGUGCUGUGUUACACCUAGUUUCAUUACUCCAAAAAGCAGCAUAUCAUCAAGGAUGUUCUCAAGGAUUUAAUAAACAGUUGUAUUUAAAUAAAAGUAACACUAUUGAUGG